AUGCAUCGCUCAACGAGCCGAGCUUCGAAACAGAGACGGGAGCUCAUCAAGACGGAAAUUGACCGUCUUCGUGAAUUGCUUCCACUGCCAAAUGCCGUCAAAGCACGACUUUCUUUCCUCCAUGUCAUGUCACUGGGAUGUGUUUUUGUUCGGAAGGGACAUUACUUCAACCAACAAGAGCAAGAUGUGGUGACGUCACGGCCAAGUUGGGACGAUGUUUCCCCUUUUGACUUUACACAGGCACUGCACGGUUUUUUGUUAAUGAUGACGAGACAGGGAAAGUUACUCUACAUAUCGGAAAACGUUACCGACUACCUCGGCCACUCUAUGGUGGAACUUCUAUCUACAGGUGGCGAUUUGUACGAAGUAAUCGACCCUAGAGACCAUGCUGUGGUCCGAGCACAAAUGGCCGUCGCUGGCUCAAACUGCGGUACUGAAACAGAAUGUCUAGCUGAUGAAGACCGAACUUUCUUCUGCAGGAUGAAUACAUCACGUAACAUGCGCCGUAAGGAUCACUGUACGGAUAACAAGAUGGUUCGUAUCAAAGGUCGUUUUCGAAUCUUGUGGUCCGGCUGCUGCUACAACUGGAACCAAGUCGAGCCAGUUUUCACUGCCGUGUGUAGCCCCGUGGAGACCCUCACGCCAAUCUCCGAUGAGAUGGUCCCCCUGAAGACGAGCAUGUUUACCACGGAACAUGGCAUGGACAUGGUCAUAUAUGAUGUCUCAUCAAAUGUGUUUUUCCACCUUGGUUAUGAGUCGAGUGAGCUUAGUGCUAUGUCAUGGUAUACACUCAUUCAUCCGGACUAUGUAGAAACAGCGAGGAAAUAUCAUCAGCAAAUGCUACAACCGAGUAUCGGAACUGCCGCGAGUAGAUGUGCCUUUGUGUUAAGGCUUCUUCGUAAAGACAACGCUGUUGUGACGGUCAGCGUGACGGCCUGGCUGGACCGGGACUCCACGGUCAACCACGCGGCUGUGAUUAUGUGCCAGAACCUGGUCAUCAGAGAGGACGAAAUCGCUAUGUACGAAUCUCAGGCUCUACACGAGACUCUAGCUCGUCGUUCGGCUCCUUGCCUCGUAUCACCCCGUCCGCCAUCUGCCUCAGGCUCCAGCGAAAGAUUCAGCUGUGGUCCAUCAGGUGAUGAUGGUUCAUCCCCUUGGCCCGAACAAGGACCCCACGCCGAAGAAAACACACCCUGUUCCGUGGACACGGCCCCGUUAUAUGGGUACACCAACUCCGGUGGCCAGACCCAGCAUCGGUAUGUCGGUGACAGCACCCAGUACCAACAUUUGGUGAGCCACGGUGAUGCGAACGAUUGGCGAUAUGACAGUGAGAGUUGCUACUAUCAGGAAAACCAAUUCAACACCAUGUCUUGCCAUCAGCUGAAGGUGGAAAAUGCGGGUUGGGAGGCACCGAUUCAUAGCCUCCCGCACCACGAGGCAGCAGGGAGGGCAAUUUUUCCAGGGAACUAUGGCCCUUACUCCUCGGUACUUUUAGGGCCAGCGAGGGCGCGGCAAUCAGUACGUCCCCGUAAAGACGGCAUUGUGGACGGUUGUGACUUUACGUUGAGCCACACCACAACACGAGAACCUUCUGUUGGGAGUGAUCCUUGUCCAGCUCUGAAAAGAGCAGUCCUCGAGUGGGCUAGGCGUCUUAAAGUUAAAAGACAGAUCAUGACGUCUUACAAGAAACAAGAACAAUGCUUUCCAUCGUUGGAGUACAAAGAGAAAAGCAGAAAGAGAUCACAUCGUGAAACUAGUGUGCCUGCCUCCCCUGUUCCGUUAUACAAAUCUGAAAUUGACUAUGUACCUUGUGUUGCAACCCUCACCCGUAUGGAGCCGCCUGCAAAACGCUUCAUUGACGGCACAAUUCAAGUCAAUAACCAACCACACACCGUGAACAACCUCACCAGCCCACUGCAGAACCCUGAAGACCAUUCCUUCAACAUUAAAGGGUACACCUCAUCGGUUGGAAUACCACAAGUCGAACCUCACUGGUGGCCGACGUCCGGGGGUGAGGUCCGUGUCCCGGACGGUAUCCUCACCCCAGAGUCGUCCCCUUCCCACGAGGAUCCACCGGGGAAAAUGCGCCCUGCAUUCGGUACACCGAGCAGCGCGUGCUCCCCGGAGAGUAGCAAGCCGGCUCGGCAGCAGCAGGACGACAGACAUGCUUCAGACGAGGAAACUGAGCCGAUUGUCGGUACCCUAGAGGAUGCUGUUGGGAAGGCACUAUGCGCUCUGUCCUCGGAUGAGUUGAGACUCCUAGACCAGGCUACACUCUCCUUGCUCUAUCAGAAUGGACCUUCACGACAACCAAGCUUUCCUAAUAAGACUGUUGCUAAUUCAGAUAAUAAAUAGUAAUCUAUUUAGAUUUGAAACUUUUUACAAUGCAGGUACAACUUUGUUAAAAUUGAAAGAGGUUUUUGUAUCACUAUACAAUGAUAUGUUUUUGUUCUCCGAUUUGAACAGUUCUGCAUAUAAACACCAGACACAAACAACCAAAACUUAAGAUAACCAUCCCAUAUCAGUAUCACAGAAACAUGACAUACAAGGCAAGUUUGUGCACAAUUUGUUCCACUGUGAAAUUAUGUGAUAUAGUUUUGUUCUUCAAAGUAUUGAUCGUUGCACCAAUGCUGCAUAGAUUAAUAAAACACACAUUGAAGGAUGUGGGUACUUUUUGUAACACAAAACACAACGGCCACAGAUUUACAUUAAACUUACACCGUUUGAAGAUCAU